CGUUGGCGCAUAGUCCACGCCAGUAGUGCACGAUCGCUCUGCGACAUCGACGCGUAUCGGAAAAACCGUCAACCGUGAUUUCAAUUAAUUCGAAAUUCGAAAAGACAAUCCGAUAAUCCAAACAGCCAGUUUUUAUCUGUGUUCAGUGAAUAAAAUAGUUUUAUUAAUAUAGGGAAAUGUGUCCUUAAUCUGAAAUAAAUUACCUUCGUGGUAUAACACGGAAACAAGAGAAGAUGACGCUUCCAUCUACAACAUUCAUCGUUCUUCUGAUUACGGUGGUAGGCCGGGACGUGCUUUCGGUGGCAGGUAGUCGCGACGUGCGCUGCGGACGGCGGUUGGUGUCGGGCCUGUUCUCCCGUCCGCGGUUACCUCUCGGCUACUCCUACGUUACAACGGUACCCAGAGGCGCCUGUCGGCUCAACGUCUCAGAAAUCGUAUCCAGCGAUAAUUAUAUUGCAUUGAAGAUCACGAAUGGCUCUUACAUUAUGAAUGGAGAAUUUGCAGUCAGUACCCCAGGGACAUAUGAGGCUGCUGGUGCUAGAUUUGUUUACACAAGGGAGGCUGGUCUUGACUCAGUAUUUGCAUUGGGACCUACACACAGUGCUAUCGAUAUUAUGAUUUUGUACACGCAACCGAAUCCUAACAUAAAAUACGAAUAUUUCACCGAAUCACUACCAGGUGAAGUUGACUUGGAAACCGUAACAAAAGUUAAUUCACGCGAAUCAACGAUUACUCCCAAGCAUACAAGAAGGCAUCAUGGAUUCGAUGGCCAUCGAGCCAACAAUCCAGGACAUUUAGACUCAGCUGGAUUAAUCAAAGAAUCCAGAGAGAAUGGUAUUGAGGAAAAUACUGUUGGUGGAAGAAAAUUCAUGUGGAAAAUACUUUCCUAUACACAGUGUUCAAGAAGCUGUGGAGGUGGUAUACAGGUAGGCAAAUACAGAUGUAUUGAGGCAAGCUCAUCAGGUGACAGAGAGGUAUCACCAGUACACUGUGCGGUAUCACCGCCACCAGGGAAAAGACGAAGGUGUGGUAGCUUACCCUGUGCUCCAAGGUGGAGGGCGGCUGCUUGGUCGUCAUGCCCUCAAUGUGGUCCUGCAACUAGAACUAGGAUAGUCGGAUGCGUGCAAGACCACUCUCGAGGAAUAACUAAGAUAAGCGAUCAAAAAUGUCCAGCACCAAAACCAUCAACGACAGAUACGUGUAAUGUACCAGAUUGUGGAUUAAACACGGGAAUAAGGCACGUAGACCGAUUGAAGUCACGUGUUCAAACGGAUACAUUUAAAGAUGGACCGAUUUAUACGAUAGCUGUGAACACAUCUGACGAUGAUCUCGGACCGGAAUAUAGCUUCAGUGCUGGUGUGGGCAGCUGGCUUUAUACUGAUUGGUCUGAGUGUGUAGGUUGGUGUGUAGGGGGUGGUUUACAAACGAGAGCAGUUCGUUGCGCUGAUCCCUCGGGCUGUCCCCGGAAAUCGCCUGAAUCGUCACGCAAUUGUGCUCCAACUCUGCAGUGCGAACCUCAUGACGGACAUUGGUUUAUGGGCGAAUGGUCACAGUGUUCAUCUUCAUGUGGAGGAAAGCAGGUUCGUGGAGUUCUCUGUAUUGGGGGGAGUGGGAGACAUCUUAGAGAUUCAGCAUGUAAGGAUAUUAAGCCUGAGCAUGAAAGGAAAUGUGGAAACGAAUGUCCACCUGCUUGGUAUUCCAGCGAAUGGGGUCAGUGUACUGGUAACUGCACACUCGGUGUGGGAAUACAAAGACGUACAGUCGUUUGCGCACGCGGGGACGGUAGUGCUGCGAGUGACGACGACUGUACCACACCACGUCCGCAUGCUAAUCGCGCUUGUGAGCCCAAGUGUACUGUUGAAUCGUCUAUACCACCUGAUUUAACUAUAGAGUCUCAAAAAGCGGGUACGGAACCAACGACGACACACACACCAACGUCCACUACACAAAGGAACAUUAAAACAUUUAAUGAAAAAAAAGACUGCGAAGACAAACUGCCAAACUGCUCCCUUGCAGUCCAAGCGAGACUUUGUCACUAUAAAUAUUACAUUCAAAAUUGUUGCGAUUCCUGCAAAGUGACAUGAUUAUUUUAAAAUUAUAUCGAUUAAAAUUUGAAUAUCGAUUAAUCUAUAUUCGAUUAAACUAACGUUCGAAGAGGUAAUAUAUACCCGAGCCUUAUUAAUUAGUAUUACAUAAAUAACUCGUAAUAAUUAUGUAAGCGAAAAAUUAGUUAGUUUUACUCAUAUUGUUCGGUGUGAUAUUUAUUUUCUAUUAAAUUUAUAAGCACUUAAGUAUUACGACAUUGUAUUGAUUUCAUAAUCAAUGGUUCAUACAAUAUU